CAACUGCAGACACCGAGAUCUCGCACCGACAUGGAGGUCACUUCACACCUGCUUUGAUCGUUUCCUCUUUAACUCUCACCAAUUUCCCCAUUGAUCACUGUCAAACCACUUCAUAAUGCUUCAAAAGGUUUGUUAUACACUGAAUAAGUAAACAUUCCAAGUGAUGUCUCAGCAUGGCGUUUACAAACUUGAAAACAAGUUUAAUUCAACUUUGUUGCUGAAGCUUCUUUCCUUCCCUAUGUCUGAUCUUUGAAAUAGAAGUUAAAUUGGAUGUUAAGCAUCAUAUACAAAGUCAAUAUUUUGCAGGUGGAAUUUGUAAGACGAAUUGAAAAGAUUUAAACAUUUCUAUGACUGUCUAGUUCCAGUAGUCACAGUUUUGGCUUCAUGUGUUCUUCUGCUUAUAAACAAAAAGACACAAAAAAAAAUGGUGAUGCUUGUUCAUUUUUAAACUCGCACCCUUUUUAUUUAAAUGCUCCCAAUUUCCCAUUCAAAAUGAAUACACCACACCAUCAUCAUCAUCACCAUCAUCAUCUUAAUAUGCCACCUAAUCAUCAAAUGAAUUUUGAUAUUUGUAAUCACAACAACAACUGCAGCAAUAACAACAACUGCAGCAAUAACAACAACUGUACUGCUUCCACAAAUAAUUGUCGGAAUAAUGCUAAAAAGCUUUUACCUCCUAUUGAUCAUCAUCAACACCUUAAUCAUUUAAUGCCAAAAAAUAACAAUGGUCGACAGAAGAAUUUCCAACAAAACAGGAAAUCUUCUACUACACCCUUACCAAUAUUAACUACAACAGCAAUAACUGCGGCAGCAGCAACAACAACAACUAUUACAACAACAGCACCUUCAAAUGUUACGAGUAAGAAAACUGCUUUGACAUCAUCAGUAGCUACACCACUAGCAACACUUCCCAUGGCAACUACAGCUCUAACAAAUAAAAGUAUUCUUCCUUUCUCUAUGCUGACUCCACCAUCAGAGAAAGGCAAAGACAAACCAUAUAAGUGUGAGACGUGUCGCAAGGCGUUUUCCCGACAAUCAAAUCUAUCUCACCAUGAAGAAACUCCAGCAGAACGUAAACAUUUCCAUUGUACCUACUGCUGGAAAGCAUUCCCUGUGCGUGCCCGUCUUCGUGACCAUGAACGUUCUCAUACAGGGGAGAAACCUCAUAAAUGCCCUGUCUGCCCCAAAGCGUUUAGUCAUCAAACUAACUUGAAAAAUCAUCUGAGAGUUCACUCAGGAGAAAGACCAUUUGUAUGUGGAAUGUGUGGUAAACGUUUUAGUCAUCUAACCAAUCUACGUAAUCAUGAGAGGACUCAUACUGGAUUGAAACCAUAUAUCUGUGGUCACUGUGGAAAGGGCUUUGGCCACAUGACUAAUUUGAAAAACCAUCGUCGAACGCACACUGGCGAAAAACCAUUUGUUUGCACUCAUUGUGGUAAGGCUUUCAGCCAUCAGACCAACUUGAAAAACCAUCAGAAAACCCAUGCAUCUCUAGAAAAUUAUGUAAUGCUAGUAGGUCAGUCCAGUGCCUCUAACACUGUAGAAGAGCUCGAAAGACUUUCCGCAGCAGCUGCUGGUGCCUUGAUGCAGGCUUCUACUGAUAGUUCUGAACGUCUACAAGCUGAUUCAAGAGUGUCAAUGUCUGAUUCAAGGGUGUCGAUGUCUGAUUCAAGAGUGUCAAUGUCUGAUUCAAGGGCGUCAAUGUCUGAUUCAAGGGUGUCAAUGUCUGAUUCAAGGGCGUCAAUGUCUGAUUCAAGGGUGUCAAUGCCUGAUUCAAGAGUGUCAAUGCCUGAUUCAAGAGUGCCGAUGCCUGAUUCAAGAGUGUCAAUGCCUGAUUCAAGGGUAUCGAUGCCUGAUUCAAGGGCACCAAUGUCAGAUUCAAGGGCAUCGAUGUCUGAUUCAAGGAUGUCAAUGCCUGAUUCGAGAGCAUCAAUGUCUGAUUCGAGGGCGUCGAUGUCUGAUUCAAGGAUGUCAAUGUCUGAUUCAAGGAUGUCGAUGUCUGAUUCAAGGAUGUCGAUGUCUGAUUCAAGGGUGUCAAUGUCUGAUUCAAGGAUGCCAUUGUCUGAUUCAAGGAUGCCACUGUCUGAUUCAAAUAUGAAAGAACAACAAAAGGAGCAACCAAGAGAUACCCAAUUAACGUGGCAGCCACCAUCUACUCUUUCUUCAUCUAACAUUGCUUCCAAUUCAGUUGCUGCACGUACAGUUGAAGAAUUGCAACAGUUAUCUUCAUUAUCUUCAGCAAGUGCUUCAGCUGCACGAACUGUUGAAGAAUUGCAAAAGCUAUCUUCACUAUCCAAUUCAUCAACAAUUACACCUUUAUCUUCACCACCUGCCUCCAGUGUACACAUGCCUACACUAGAACAUAUGAAGCAUUCUCAGUCUUCUAGGCGUAUGACAGAGACACCUCAUAGGUUUACCCCAUCAAGCGUUUGCCAAGCAGCAGAAGACUUUAACAGAAUGCCUCCACAAACUUCAGCAGCGACUAAUCGCAUGGUUGAAGAACUUCACAGGUUAUCUGCACAAUCAUCUAUACUUAGAAUGCAACCCUUAAACAAAAUUAAGGAUUCUCGUCCAAACUAGUCAGCAGAAAAUUAUCGAAUAAAAUCUCACCACAAAAUUGUGGAUAUCUUCACUUUUAUUUUUUUAAGACUUCAUGUCACUGGUCUCUAUUGAGGUUUUGAUGGUUUUAUUUUAUCAAUUUAUGUAGACAAUUACUCAUAAAUUAUCCACUCGCUUUCUGAUUUUUUUUUUUUUUUUGAAAAGAUUUUCUCUUUAGAGAAAAAUAAGCCCUUCAAAGUUUUGAAGCUAAAUAACUUUAUUUUGUUUUUAUUUCUUGAUAUUGUGCAAAUACUAAGAUUAUAAAAAAAAAAAAAUCUAAACAAAAUUUUAAUCUGAUGAUAACUAUUAUUGAUUUUAUGAUUUAUGAAAUAUAUUUUCACAUUUGACAUAUAUGCAAUAUUUAUUGAUACAGCCUUUUUACAAUCUGAAAUUCGUAGAAAACCAUACUAUACAUUAAUAAAUCUUGACCUAUUGAAUUAAGGCUUUUUGACUCUCAGUCUGUUUAAAUGGGUAUUGGUUGUCACUGGAAGUUAGAACAGUUGAAGGAUUAAUCUACUUGCACCAAAGAUAUGAAAAUUAUACAGAAAUAAGACCAUCAGUACUUGUCCUCUUAUCUUGUAUGUUUCAAAUGUGGCCAGUUCAAUCAUAUCAGCUUACAAUGGGACAUAUUUUUAACAAACCAAAAAAAUAUUUUUAGUUUUACAUCAGAGCUAUCCUUCUCAAGGUAGCCAUCAUUCUAAAGAAAGCUAACCAGGCUGUUGUACCAAUGUUGAUUCUUAUCAGUUCCAAACCUUGUGACAUGACUAUCGAGUGUGAUAGUACACUUGAUGGACUAUGCAAAUUAGAAGUAUUUUUUUAGAUUUGUAAAUGUUUAAUAAUUAAGAAAAAUAUUAAAAUAAUUAUUGAAUAAAGAUAAGUUUCAACAAUGUGAA